CAACAAUUACCCACGGCAUCUCACCCAGCUAACCAUCACCGACAUUCAUGAAAGGACCUGCUGUCGCGUACAACCCUUACCGGUGUACUUUUAACUCUGGCCGGUGUUCGCCUCGUCCCGAUUGACUCCUUACUCGCCGCAAUCAACACUACGUCCAACCUUACACAUCUACCCACACGCCUACACAUCUAGAUCUAUAGGUACCUAUGGCGGCCCCGGAUCUCGAUCUCAGCUCGGACACCCCCCAUAUCCACCCGCCCCUAGUUCCCGAGCAAUACCGCACGGCCGCCGAUGUCGAGACCACAACCAUCCCCGUGUUCGAGAACGAGGAGUCGCGUGACCUCAUCACCGCCAACUUUACACACUUCCGCGAAGACCCGUUCUCGUUCCUGAAGCAGAUCUCGCUGCACUAUUCGGGCACGGGAUGGCGCGCAUACGACCACAUCAUAGGCCAGCCGAUUUUCUACAAAGGGUUCAGCGAGCAGAUGAAGAUGCGGAUUCUACGGAGCGCACUGUUGCGGGCGAAGAUCAGCGAGCUGGCCGAGCGCCGCGCCACGGUGGAGGAUGACGCAGGAACGUUUGGAAGUGACAAAAAGCGAGUGAUACGUCGGCAGAAGAGGCGAGAGGAAAUCGAAAAACAGUUGGAUCAGGUUGCGGAUGGGAUCGUCGACGGCAUGAUCUGCAAGUUUGAGAGCAAACGGUUCAUCCGGGGCGCAUACUACCUGUGCAUGCAACUUCUUGCACGAACGUACGACCAAGGAAUUCAUGUCUCGUCGCAAGAGAUUCAAAACCUCCGAAGGAUUGCCGCUAUGGCUGCUAAGAAGAAGCAGUCCUUAAUUUUCCUUCCAUGCCACCGAUCUCACAUCGACUACGUCUCUCUACAGGUCAUCUGCUACCGCCUCGGUAUCGCUCUGCCCGUUGUCGUUGCCGGAGACAAUCUCAAUUUCCCUGUUGUCGGAAAGUUCCUGCAGAAUGCCGGCGGCAUGUUUAUCCGCCGGUCAUUUGGCGGAGACGAACUCUACACAUCUACCGUACAGAGUUAUGUCGAUGCGAUCCUCAAGGGUGGUUACAACUUCGAAUGCUUCAUAGAAGGGGGCCGCAGCAGAACCGGCAAGCUGCUACAACCGAAAUUCGGAAUUCUGGGAUACCUGUUAGAUUCGUUAUUGAGCGGGCGAGUAGAGGACGCAUGGAUCAUUCCCGUGAGCACACAAUAUGACAAAGUCAUUGAGACAGAAGGAUAUGUCAAUGAACUACUCGGAAUACCGAAACAAAAAGAGAACCUCUGGGACUUCCUCAGCAGUUCGAAGGUGUUGAGUUUGAAGAUGGGGAGAGUCGAUGUCCGGUUCCAUGACCCUUGGAGCUUGAGGGGGUUUAUGGAUGAGUUCGUAUCAAAGCAGGCCGUGGUGGAGCCGGAGCAACCGGCGACAGAGCUGAGACUGAAAAUGUUGAAGAGUCUGGGAUACAAAGUGCUAGGGGACAUCAAUAAGGUCUCGGUCGUCAUGCCGACAAGCUUGAUCGGGACGGUGCUGUUGACACUCCGAGGGCGGGGAGUCGGAAAGAGUGAAUUGGCGAGGAGGAUAGAGUGGCUAAGCGAUAGGAUCCGCGUAAAAGGCGGAAGAGCUGCGGCCUUUGGCGGUGUUGAGACAGGCGUGGUGGUUGAGAGAGGCCUGGCGGUCCUUGGUGAUUUGGUAGGACGGGUCGAUGGGCUCGCAGAGGAAACCUACUACGCCGUGGACCGCUUCCAGCUGAGUUUCUAUCGCAAUAUGGUAAUUCACCUCUUCGUCAGUGAGACUAUUGUCGCCGCUGCAAUGUACACGCGCAUCAAGCAAGGUGGUGGCAUCAGCAACCAGCGCGUCCCGUACAAGGAUCUCUUCAGUCAGGUCUCCUUCCUCUCACAGCUCUUCCGUGGUGAAUUCGUAUUUCCAACUGAAGGUAUUGUCAACAAUCUUCACAAGACUUUGCGAGGUCUGGAGGCGGAUCGCAUCAUCAAGAUUGGAUACAAAGAUGCCGACAAGAACGAAUUGGAGUACGUUGAACUCACGGAGGAGGAGCGCCAAUGCGGGCGAGAAAACUACGACUUUUACUGCUUCCUCAUCUGGCCGUUCAUCGAGAGCGCGUGGCUGGCCGGCGUUGCCAUCAUCGGCCUCACGCCUCCGAAGGGCAACGAGGAGGUUUGGGUCGGUAUCAAAGAGGCGCAGGACAUGGCGCAGCUGGCGGGGAAAACAUUGUACCAUCAAGGUGAUCUCUCGUACUUCGAAGCGGUCAACAAGGAAUCCCUCAAAAAUGCGUUUCAACGCUUCGAGGAGGAAGGAAUCCUCAUCACCAAGAAAUCAAAAGCCGGCAAGAACCCACCCGUCCUCCGACUCUCACCGGAGUGGGUACCACAACGGGAUCCGGCGACGGGGGCGAUGCUGCAUAAAGGUCAGCUAUGGAACUACGUCGAGAGCAUUGCCAUCUCGAGAAGGGAGGGCAAGAACCGCAGAGAUUCGGCGAGUGUCGGGAGUAGAGUGUUGACGCUAGUUGAGAAACUUGGUGCCGAGCUGUUUGCCGACGCUGUAGAGAGGACGAGGGUCGAGGAGGAGGAGAUCGAGGUCGAGGUGAAGAAGGGGAGGAGUAGGAGGGGCUCAAGCUCGAGGGCGAAGUUGUAGGUGGUGGAGACGACAUAUCGUAGGUAUACUUACUGUCGGAGGAUUUAAUUGGUUCGGAUCAUUUAUUCUGCACCAUUUGGUUGUAUAAUACUGUAUAGAGCGGAUCGCUGGCGAGAAAACACAGAACACGAUUCCCUUGC